GGAAGAGCAACCUCGGAAACUCGAACAUGUCAUCAAAGUUGCACACGCUUGCCUAAAUCCCCAAGAACCACCUCUAGACACGAAGAGUAAUCAAGCAAGGAUCUGGCACAGACUUCCUAUUUCAUGGCUACCAACAGGUUGUUAUCCUGCCCCUCCUUUGUUGCACUUUGACUGCACACCAUAGCUUCCUGUAAUGCAGGUUACCCUUUCAGUGUCCAACGGGCCCUAGUUGCGCUGGUGGUUGUUGGGAUGCUUGCCUCCUCCCCUUGGCUCCCCUCCCUCGUUCAAAGGGAGCGGGACAGGGUGGCUUUAAGCGUUACCGGCCCCAGUCGCAGUGCGGUGUAUUGUACAAGGGGCCGCGUGUUGGCACAGAUGGGUUGAAUGCAAGGUGUGAAGUGUAGUGGUGCGCUUGAAACCCACAUGUUUGUUCGGUUGCGAAAAAGUGCAUAAUUCUAAAAGAAAGACACUUUGGUAGCCUGAAUAGCAGCUAAAGAUUUCACAGAUGUAAACAUUUCUCGUAGAGGUCCUUCUGGUAAGUAACACAAAUACAUUUUUAAAUGUUCUUUUUCAUAUCCAUUUGUUCAAAUGCAUUAUCUCCAGUAUUUCUCACCUUUUGCAAUAUGUUCUGUCUUGACAUGCACAUUUUCUAGCUUUUCUACAACAUUGUUUUGUAUCUGUAGCCUGUCAUGUGAAACGUGACAUGAAAGAUUGUAACCCAUUAAGGACCUGCAGAAUUUGUAAUGAGUAAUACUGAUGAAAAUGUAUGGGGGGGAAAUAUUAUUUAUUCUAAAGUGAGGACAAAACUUUCUUCUAGUCAGAGAAUCGGGUCCUUAAAGGGUUUGGUUUUGGGUGCCAGUGGUGGAACUCAUUACUUCGAAUUGAGUUGACCAUUUGUGGAUGCUGAAUGUGAGCAAUGUCUUAAGUAUUGUUUACAACUGGCUUUUACCAAGGAUGCAGGCUUACGCUUUUAUUGAGAAUCUUUACUAUAUGAUUAAAAACAAACACUUCUGAUCUAUGAUUCUGAGAAACCUACUCAAUCUUCAAUCCAAACUUUUUUUUUUAUUGAUGUUACUUGAUUACUUUCACCCAUGAAUCCUUGUACGCCAUAUUGGCUAUUUAAAUUUAGGGAUUGAGACCAUGUCAGUCAAGCUCUGACACGUCAUUGCGCACUGGGCCCACUGGGUUUAUUCCCAGUGACCCAUACAGAGCAGGUUGUAGGAGCAGCCCCUCGUCCGUUAGCCGUCCAAUGAUGCAACUUCCCUGUGUGGCCCCAGUGUUCAAUGCUUCACAAUGGGAUCACACAUAGCUACCACACAUGGCCCCUCCCCAUUUCCCCACCUUGUGUUUUGACAUUUAAACCAGCCAGGUUUCAUGAAAAAUUAGUUUUCAUGUGACACAAUUUAAUGCUCACGUUUUCUGUUUUUUGACAUGAAUCUUAAAGUUCAUGAACCUUUUGUCACCUGGUUUUCAAAUGACAAACUGACUUAAUCACAAAGUUUGUGAAUAUUUCCCAUUGACUUAUUUUUGUGCAACCAGUUUCUAAAUUCCUACAGUCGAUUAAAACGGUCCGCUCCCUCUUUUUUUCUUUUCUUUUUUCUACAUGUGUGGGACCAAUCGGGACGACGCCUGGGCUGAAUCAACUCACUCUCAUUCCUACACCCUCGCAUAUGUGAAAUAUUCACUCUGUCCCACAAACACACUCAUCACAUGCCUACACCCCCCCCCACACCGACUAUGCAGCCUACACCUCACCACCUUCUGCCUCCAGUACAAGCCCACCGUAAUCUCCUGCGUGUGCAUCCAUCUGGCGUGCAAGUGGUCCAACUGGGAGAUCCCAGUUUCCACUGAUGGAAAACACUGGUGGGAGUAUGUGGACAACUCGGUCACCCUCGAGCUGCUGGAUGAGUUGACCCACGAAUUUCUGCAGAUUCUGGAGAAGACGCCGAGCCGCUUAAAAAGGAUACGCAACUGGAGGGCAACACAAGCUGCCAAAAAGCCAAAGGGCGACAGCUCUCAGUUGGCGGACAACGCGUUCCCUGGGCCUUCCAUGCUCCAAGAUCAUGGCGAUGCGCCGCUCUCUGCGACCACGGGUUUCUCUAAAGCAAGCGUUGCUUUCAGCGUGGCCAUGCCCGGCCAGUCCAGAGACGCAGCCCUGUCCCUGGACGCUUUGGCCGGGACGUACAACCCAGCCAGCCACAGCGAGUGGCCCCUGGUCAACCAGAGCCAAGCAGCUUACCCUUCCACCUGUAUUAAACAGGAGCCCCUCAGCAUCCCUCUCCAGGACCCCGCGCUGUCCUUGCAGACCUCCGCUUCCUCUUUGCUUCUGCAUCCGCCGACAUUCAAGACUGAGAAAACGCUGGACUUCAUCCCUGUCAAACAGGAACCAAAGGGAGCCGGUGGGAGCGGAGCGGGCAAGCAGGCGGCCUACGCUCCACCUGCUCAGCCGCCCCCACCGCAACCGUCUCUAGCUCAGAAGCUGUCUCUGGACAAAUACCGAGAGAAACAUGCUGCGGAGCUGGCAGUCUCUGGGCAUAAGCGCAGUCAGGACCAGCAUUUGGGAAUAAUGGACUUUGAUACGAGGGGCGAUACGUUAUCUGCCUCUUCUACCUAUGCAUCAUCCGCUUCUGUGAGCCACGUAGACCAUAGAAAGCAUUCACAGCCCCACCAGGGGGGUGCUGGAAGCAACUCUGCCUCGCCACUGAAAAUCAAAGUCCCCUCGACCUCAGGGCAAGACCGACGCCAUCACGGCGACAAACGGGACAAAGGCUCGCUCAAGCUCCGCCUGGCCGUCCCUGUGUCUGGCGGCGGCUCCCAGCUGGAUCGAGGUGGACAACCGAUCAAAGAUGAGCUUAAGAUGAAGAUAAAAGUCUCAUCGUCCGAGCGCCAUAGCUCGUCGGAUGAGGGCGCGGCCAACAUUAUCAAGAGUAAACAUUCCAGCCCUCUGGUGAGUAAGGAGAAGCACCACCGCGGAGCAGAUCAGAGCCUCCAUCGCCACCACAAGCACAGUCACCCACAUUCACACACGCACAGCGGGAACGGUGGGGCGGCCCCGCUGCGGGGGGCCCCGGGAUUGGUCGGCAUGGACGCGAUCCUCCCACCCGGAUCCGCCUCUUUGUCGUCGGCACGCAAGAGGGCGUACCUCGAGGCCGGCCACAACCACCACCCUCCCUCCUCAUUCUCCAAAGUGAGCAAAAUCUCCAAGGGUGGCACUGGUGCUGCAGGUGGGCUGCGGACCUCUCAGCAGUACCCUCCUCCUAGCGAAUCGCCACAUGAAGUGGGAGAGCAGAGACACUGAGUCCACCGCUCUGCAGCCAUGACCCGCCCAUGGAAAUGGCAGCAAACUACCCACACAGCUCAGACUAUGCUCACCUACCUGUUAAGUGCCCUAAGGAAAUGAUGAACCCUUUACCGAAAGGCAGAAAAACAACUUAUCUUAUAAAAAAAAAAAAAAAAAAAAACGAAAGAUAAGUAUUGUUGGACCUCAAUUUCUAAGAGACAAGAAAGAUGUAAAAAAAAAAGAAUUAUGCUUCCUGACUGUCAGAUAUCUGGGCUGAGACGCUCAGCACUGUCUUUCUGUUAGUGUUGAAUCGCUGCUUGGUUCUCCUUCCUCCUCAGUCUCGGAACGUGCAAAAGUGUGUUUUCACCACUGGGGGAAAGUCUUCCCCGCAUUUGAGAUCUCCACAUGGGAAAAAAGUAUUGCAAGUACUAUGAGAGGCCUGGAAUGUGCACCUAUUUGCGUUUUUUUUGGUCUAUUUUGAUUUUUGUUUUAAACAAGUAGUUUAAUUGAAUCACAUUUCUGCAGUUGUAUGAAGGAAGCCAGUGGCCAGCUGGAGCGGAGUUCAACAAUGUUUGCUGGCAUUCCAUUUAAUACGCUUGAUGGAUACAUUUUAUUUUUUAUUUUUUUAGGUGUAUGGUUUCAUCUCCAAUUUCUUUCUUGUGAUUUCUUUUUAUACUUCAGUACUGUGCGUAUGAUUUGCAUGUUUCAAUCAUCAAAGGGAUUUAAAAGAAUGCGUACUUGCUGUUUACAGAGAGUGGAGAUAAAUGUACAUACGUUUUUGUAUGUUUAAAGAAAAGAAAAAAAGCUAUACCAUGACUACUCAGGUUUGGAGCUGCUUGUAAGUAUAACAAGAUGAAUAUAAUACCUAUAAAAUACGUUUAUUUUGUUGCUUAACGGAUUGGGCAUCAUCGGGUGAAUGAUUGCAGCAUUCCAGUAGUGUGUGUGUGCUUCUACCAACCCUCCUACAGGGGGGGCUGUACUGUGCUUUUUCAUCACGGGGAACACUAGUCGAUGCCCUCAAUAACACAGGCACAUUUAACACCUACUUAUCACAUCAGAGCCAUGCAAUUUGUACCAAAAAAUAUUUUUUGGGACCUCUGAGUAAACCUUAAGCUGAAUGCCAAAGGUUUUGCCACAUAAAGAAGAAAAACAACUGACAAUGUGCUAUUAAAGUUUACAUAACCCCUUUUUUACUUUGAAGUGCAUCAGACAUCGUUUUAGGACCUAAAGCUGUAGCCCUUAGAUGUCAGCAGGGGGUUCAUGUAAGUAUUGCAGUCAUCCUUUAACAUAGUACCGUAUAGUGCAGAGGAAACACUCUUGCUGGCUCAGUUCCACCCCAGGAUCAGUUGACCUGCUGAAUAUAGUAUCUGCAGUGUGAUGUCCCUUAGUUUUCUUUGUUUUUCCUGAUUUGCAUUUCCAGCCAUGUACCAUUUCAGACACGUCUCAACAACUUCAUACAUUAAACUCUAUAUUGUUCCCAAAUCUU